AUGCUCACCGCCUGGAGCCACCUCUCAGCGAAGCGGCGGAGCGCCCGGCCCACCCGGCCCACCCCGUGUGUCCGCCCAUGGUCGAUCAUACAAGAGCCCAAGAUCCGACGAAGCCAUGGCGUCCUCGCACAACGAGAGGACCAGGUCCUCAUCGCCGUCGCGCUGCUACUCGUCCUCUCCUCCCCGCGGGCCGCCAGUGGCGCGCCCAACACGACGCCGCUGUCCGUGCGGUGCAACGGCGCGGUGUACGGCGCCGGGGACCCCUUCGCGGAGAGUCUCGCCUACGUGCUCGCCGACCUGCUGGCCGCCACACCGUCGUCCCGCGCCCGCGACGCCUACAGCAUCUCCCCGUACCCGAACGCGUUCGCCUACGGCCACGCCGCGUGCGGCGGCGCCGGUCCGACAGCCGCGGACUGCGCGACCUGCCUCGGCUCCGCCGGUCUCGGCGAAGCGGCGGAGCGCGUCGUGGCGUCGGCCCGCCCGCGUCGGCGCGCCCACGAGCGUGGUCCACGAGACCACGUUCUUGCUUGGCAUUUCGUCGAACACACCCCGAGCGCCAGCGCGAGGCGGCCGGCCUUGGCGUAG